AUGGUAGAGCUGAAUCCCAACGAGCAGCGUGUGCCUUCACGCGCUUCUCAAGAUGCAAAGCCAAAGAGACAGCGCACGAAUGCAAAGACACAAUUUGAGCGGUCCACGUUUACCGGCAAGUACGAGUAUGCUUGCAUUGGAAGACCGCCAUGGGCAGAGGACGAUGCCGAAGAUGGUAAGGAUGAGGAAAGCAAAUUAGUGUGGAAGAAGAGCGCUUCCGAACAUCCAAACUGGAAGUGGAUCAUGCUUCGAGAGAGCUUCGAUUUACUAGACGCGGCGUAUCAAGACACCGACAAUCGCGAUCCGGACACGUUCGGCAUGUACGUUUACAACGACUUCUUGGGCUACGGCAUUAUCGAGGUGCUUGAGAAUAUGAUGUGGGCUAUAGUCACGGCUCUUGCCAACUACGUCAAGCGAGACGCCAGCAUCCCAUACAUGAUGGUGGACGAUGGCGAGAAGGUCGAAUGA